AAAAGUCAAGUCAAGUUAAUUGAAUGAGAUGUUGAAUGCAAAAGUAAACUGGGUAUAUAAGAAACCAAAUCGCCGUAUCAUUAAACCCCCAGGCCAACAUCACAUCCCCCCCCCUUAUCAAUACGCUCAGAACUGUAACGCAUAGGCGCCAUACAAAUCCGCUGUCAAAGCACUGUUCUUUCUCUUGCGUACACUCCGAACUGUACUGCGUAGGUGUCAUAGAAACCCGCUAUCGAAGCACCUGCUCCUUUCUCCUCCUUCACUUAAAUGAUCUUACACUGCGUGAGCGUCUGCCACAGGUACUACACACGCACAGGUUAGUAUAUUUAUCCUCUCUUAAUUGCACCAGCCACCCAAAAAACCCCCAUCUCAGAAUAACCUUCUUCGGCUUCUCAAUGCGCUCUGAAAGCGUUCUUCGCAGUUUCCUGGCCGAGUCCCUUGACGUCUGCUUGGACAAGCCUUUGAGCGGCGCGCUCGAAGACGCUCUGGGCGAUUCAUUCGACGAUGUCGAGUUUGUCGAGGCGUGUGUUUUCGUUCGCUCCAUUUUCUCUCUUUUCCUUUCUCUCUCCAAUUGGUGAUAUACGAGUAGUAGUAGUGUGUUGUUGAUUGAUUGGCUGGUAUGUAUUGCUGGAAAGCACACAGAGAGAGGUACUUUAUAUGUAGUAUAAACGACUUAAUAUAUAGGCGGCGAGUAGAACCCUACCAGGCCCUGUGGUUUCUCUGUAUAAGCACUAUUAAUAGCGAAAAAAGCAGAUGGCGAAUUGA